UCCCUCGGUCCCUCCCGCCGGGAUGCGGGCGGCACUGGCGGCCGCGGCGCUGUUGCUGCUGUUGCUGCUUAUGCGGCGGCGGCGGCGGCGGCGGCGGGAGGUGCUGUUCUUCCCCGCGGCGCCGCGCUGCCCCGAGGCGCUGCUGUCGGGGUCGGCGGGGCCGUGCCCGUGCCCUCUGCCGCCGGGCGAUAGCGGCCUCCUGCGGCUGCUGCGGCUGCUGCUCGGCGCCCGCCGCUCGCUCGACGUCUGCGUCUUCGCCUUCUCCAGCCCCGAGCUGGGCCGCGCGCUGCAGCUGCUGCACCGCCAGGGCGUCCGCGUGCGGGUCCUCACCGACUCGCAGUACAUGGGGCUGCCCGGCUCGCAGGUCGGGCUGCUGCGGCGACACGGGAUCCAGGUGCGCCAUGACCAGGACAGCGGCUUCAUGCACCACAAGUUCGCUGUCGUGGACAAGCAGCUGCUCAUCACCGGCUCCCUCAACUGGACCACCCAAGCUAUCCAGAACAACCGGGAGAACGUACUGGUCACGGAAGACACCGAGUUUGUGAAGCCUUUUCUGGAUGAGUUUGAAAGGAUUUGGGAAGAGUUCAAUCCCAUCAACUACAGUUUUUUUUCCAAAGACAAUAAAUGAUUGAGCUGCCUCACAACGCUGUGGAGUACUUGGAUACCAUCCCUGGACUAUAUUAUACCUGUCUGGAUGAGCUGCUCUGGAGAAGUAAAGUGCUCCCUGCCUUAAAGUGGUGUUUCA